UUUCACAGUCACUUCACAGCAAACCCCGAACACUAACGAAACUCAUAAUAAAUAACAUUCGAAAGCAAAUACGAGUACUCGCGUAUCACAACAGACAGAAUGUCAAACAUUGGCCGUUUUGUGGAUAGAAAUGCCGAUAUUCGGGCGGCGGGAUUGGCAAUCUCGUACGAGGAUAUAGUGAGCGCUCAGGAUUGCCUAUCCUUUACACACGCAGCCGAAUUGGGCGAACAGAUGAUGCGGCAGGAGUGCAGGCGUAGCGUGGCCAAGCCACAGGGCCCUCGUACUCCCAUUCUGCCCAAUAAUAAUGUGGACCAAAUUUUUUCCACCGCCGGAGAAAUGUCCCGCUUCCUGUCGUUCAGGAUGAAGCUUUAUGAGGAUUUGUAUUCGAAGCAGAGCCCAUUGGGAAGCGCUAGGCCGGCACAUUCGAAGCCGGAGAGUGUGACCAAUGAUAGCCAGACAUUUGGCUGUGUAUCCACAACUUCGGAGACCCUGUAUUCGAUUAUGUUGCCACCCAAGUCAGCCGAACAGGUCAACAAGGAGUACAACGAAUUUCACGAUAAACGUAUAGUUAGCCACAAUCAUUAUUUCCCCUCGGAGAAGAUCAAUCGCAACUAUACACAUCCCUUCGAUCGGCGAAACACUUUUGGGCAGUACUUGGGGGUGGACGCGAAUGGAUCGUUGGUGAAACGUUGCUUGAAACUAAACGACGGUCCCGAUGUCAUUAUCAGGAAGCCACAUCAAGACUUUAUGGAACGCCACUGUGGCCCCUUGGGCAAAAAGUACAAAUAUCCCUAUGAGGUGCCCGAAGACUUGAUCCAUGGCGUAACAUAUCCAUUCGAGUGUGAUACCCGCAUGUUGUUUGAGAACAUUUCGCCCUGCGUGAACACCGACCAAUUGAGGGAUGCCCUGAAGUAUUUCAUCAUUUGGCGUCGGGGAUUGCAUCAUAACCGGCCCGAGUUUCAUAUGUACGACCUGAUCUUACUGCUGGAGAUGAGCGACAAGGAGCACACGGGCCAACUGCCCCUGUCGAAGAUCAUUGAUGUACUGCACCGUCUUCAGGUCAGGGUGGAUGCCCAGAAGAUGCGUACCGCUUUGGGCCACUUCCCUCAGAUGAUCAUCGACAGGGGGUGUGCCACAGAGCGUGUAGAUUACGACAAGUUCUGCCGUCUGAUCGGCCAACAGUUGCCGAUGCCUAUGACGGACAGCAGCAUGUCCUUCCCGGCUAAGCUGUACAGCAUGGAUACCACCUACGGCAUAUUCUGCGCCGAUCGCAAGAAGAAGCCCGCCGAAGGUCGAGGGGAAAAAAAGAAAUUCCUGACGCCCCAAGAGCUGGAUAUAAAGAACACACGGGCCAAGGACCUGAUUGCCCCUGAGCCGGGCACUGUGUACGGUCUGGGGCCAAGUGACUUCAAUAGUGCGCGGCCCAAAGAUCAGAUGGAGCGAAUCUUCAUGAAUGUCAUCACCAAAGAUAUCUUCGAGAGGGUUUGGCAGAGUCUGAUGGCGGAGCACAAGGAUCCACAUGAAAUGGCCUCCGUUAACCAGUUCCGGACCGUGUUGAACAGGGUACAGGAUACUUCUGCCAGAAUAGACGCUACAACAGUUCAGGUUUGAUAAAAGUAAACAAAAAUUUGAAAAAUU